GUCUUAAGUUUGUUGCCCGCGCUGUGAUCUCGAGGACGCCAUCAACUUGCUGCUGUAAAAUUAAACCACAGGUUCCAUUAUGGGUCGACUUGAUGGGAAGGUCAUCGUCCUGACAGCAGCUGCUCAGGGGAUUGGCCGGGCAGCUACCUUAGCUUUUGCAAGAGAAGGUGCCAAAGUCAUAGCCACAGAUAUCAAUGAGUUCAAACUUCAGGAGCUGGAAAAGUACCCGGGUAUUCAGACUCGGGUCCUUGAUGUCACAAAGAAGAAACAAAUUGAUCAGUUCGCCAAUGACAUUGAGAGACUUGAUGUUCUCUUUAAUGUUGCUGGUUUCGUCCAUCAUGGAACCAUCCUGGACUGUGGGGAGAAAGACUGGGACUUCUCAAUGAAUCUCAACCUCCGCAGCAUGUACCUGAUGAUCAAGGCCUUUCUUCCUAAAAUGCUUGCUCAGAAAUCUGGCAACAUUAUCAACAUGUCCUCUGUGGCAUCGAGCAUCAAAGGAGUUGUGAACAGGUGUGUGUACAGCACAACCAAGGCGGCUGUGAUUGGUCUCACAAAGUCUGUUGCUGCAGACUUCAUCCAACAGGGUAUCCGGUGUAACUGUGUGUGUCCAGGAACGGUUGAUACCCCAUCUCUGCAGGAAAGAAUACAAGCCAGACCAAAUCCUGAAGAGGCACUGAGCGAUUUCCUAAAGAGACAGAAAACAGGAAGAUUUGCAACUGCAGAGGAAAUAGCCCUGCUCUGCGUGUACCUGGCCUCUGAUGAAUCUGCCUAUGUAACGGGUAAUCCUAUUAUCAUUGAUGGAGGCUGGAGCUUGUGAUUUCAGGAUCUCCUUGCUGGGAAGGCAGGCUGUUCCUGUCUACAGUGAACCUGCUUAUGAAGAAAACUCACCCAUCCUCUCUUUCCUAUUAAUGGCAUAUUAAUGAAAAUAAGACCUUUUUGAUGAUGUCAUUGUUCACAAGAGUCUGAUUCUUUAGAUACAUUCAUCUCUUUGUAAUCUCUUCUGAAAUCAUUGUAGAUAGGUGAGAUAAUGAACUCACUGCAAAAAGAACAUUUUAAGAAUAAACCUCAAUUUCUAAGUAU